AUGGAUCAAACAACUGUACGCGUCACAAAAUUUUUAGGCAAAAUUCCAUCAUGCGCACUUCACAGACGUUUACGCGAAUCCAUGUUGAGUGGUCAUGGUGCAUCUAUUAUUAACUUACGCGAACAAAAUGAACAAUACUUCUGUACUGCUAUGACAAAAUUAAUUGAUAAAGAACUAGAAUUUAGACCAUUAUGUGUUCGAAUACAAACGAUCGAAAAUUUAAAAAACAGUAUGAUGAAUGGAUUAUGCACGAUUGAAAUUAAAACAGUUGUAGUUGGUGAUAAAACUGGAGCACUAGAACUUACUUUAUGGGAACCUAAUUUUCAUCAACUACAAUGCGGCGAAUCAUAUCAAAUCAAACUUGUUUAA